CACUUCCACGUUGCAUUUAUUUGAAAGAUAGCUAACUCAUCAGUGACUUUGAUUAUCGUUGCCGGUACAGAGACCUCGGGAUGGAUGCUCAGGGCCGAGAAGCCGGAGAAGCCCAGCAACCUCCACCUCCGCCCAUGUCUCCCUCAACCUCACAAAUAGUUCUUCAAGUCUUGGAACAAUAUGGCUGGUUUCUUCUUCUUGGGGCAAUACUGAUUUAUUUCUUCUGGGGAAAGCUAGAGCAGAAGUUCAGGCAGUUUCAGGAGAAACAGGAAGAGAAAAACCUGAAGAAGUAUGAUUCUAACACAGCACAGAGAAGGCUGGAGUCCAUGGCGGCAGCACGGCAGCGACUACAGGAGAAGUACGAUUCUGAGGCCAGAGUGUUUGCAGAACAUCAGAGGAAGAAAGAGGAAGAGAAGAGGAAAGAAAGAAUAGAUGACUGGGAUAGACAUUUAGAAGGAAAAGGAUACCGAAAUAAGUUCAAGCCUCCGAGAGCUAACAUGAAGUCAAUCAAGUCAUCUGUGUGCCUGUUGGUCAUCUGAUCGAUCAAUUUCUUCACUUAUUUGAGUCUUCCCUCCAGAUUGCAGUGUUUGGGCAAAUCUGAUAGUAUGUACAUUACUCCUGCUUGCUGGAGUUUUCACCCCAUGAGGUUCACCCCAUGCAUUUUCACCACAUGAGGUUCACCCCAUGCAUUUUCACCACAUGAGGUUCACCCCAUGCAUUUUCACCCCAUGAGGUUCACCCCAUGCAUUUUCACCCCAUGAGGUUCACCCCAUGCAUUUUCACCCCAUGAGGUUCACCCCAUGCAUUUUCACCCCAUGAGGUUCACCACAUGAGGUUCACCACAUGAGUUUUCACCACAUAAGGUUCACCACAUGAGGUUCACCUCAUGAGUUUUCAGCCAGAGGCUCACCCC